UUACGUGCAACAGUAAGCAUGAAGCGCUCAAAGCUAUUAUUACAAUUAGCGUUGGUAAACAAUACAGAAAAAAAUGAGGCGAUUUCCGUUAUCAGCGGUGAAACUAUUUCUAAUUUGGAAGAAACCGCUGCUGGGUUGGAAGAGAAUCAGAAUAUAGAGAGACCUGAUAAGAUAACGCGGCCAGAAGAAUCUGCAGGUGCGUCAUCAGUAUCAAGUAUAGUACCUGAGACUGCGUCUUUUCCUUCUAGCGAACGGGAACCCUUUAGUGAAUCGGCGUCAGAAUAUGUUCCAUCGCUCUCAAAAUCUUCGUUAAGUGAAAGCACCGCAGGAUCUUUAUCUUCGUGCCUGAGUGUUUGUGCGCCAAUUACCGCAAUAUUAGACGAACCCGCGGAACCAUGCACCUCAAAAGUGACACGAUAUUUGGACAAUUUGGUUUCUCAUCAGUCAACUCAAGGCGUUCCAGAACCGGUUCUUGAGCAUCCGGACAAAGAAAACCGUUACGUAAAAUCGGCACCUACUCAAGAGCGAGCUACACUUUGUCCAAUUUGCUAUAAGGAUGUUGACACACAUUUCUCUCGCCACUUAUUGCGACACCAUAAAGAUCACCAACAAGUUCAACUAAUGGCUAAGUUAAAACCCAAAAGUAAGGAACGUCGAAGCAUUGUUACAGCCUUACGAAAGCAAGGCUACUUUCAUUUGAAAACGGAAAAGGAUAAAUUAAACCCAGUAAAAUCUUCAAAAGAUACUGCGACGAAGUAUUUUGUAUGUGUACAUUGCUUAGGAUAUUACGCAAAAAAUUCAUUAUAUAAACAUGUAAAAAGAUGUACGCGUAGACCUGUCGACCAAGGAAAACCUAAAAGUUGGUUAGCAGAAUCGCAAUCCUUCUCAGCUUUGGUUAAACUAAAAAAUGACAAGCUUCUGAAAUCUUUACGUAUAAGGGAAGAAGUUUUUUCUGUUAUGAAACCGGAUGAAAUAAGCCAUACAGCUAAAAGCGAUCCCUUAAUUAUACUUUACGGAGAGCAUUUAAUAAGCAAGCACAAAAGACAACAAAUCGCUGUAGUAGUAUCUAACAAAAUCCGGGAGAUGGGGCGAUUACUGUUGGCUUUAAAAGAGUUUAAUCCACGAUUGGAAUCCCUGUUUAGUUAUUUAAAACCGAAUAUGUUUGAAUUUUUCGUAGCUGCAACAAAAAAGAUUAGUGGUUAUAACGAAACAAACAAAAGUUUCCAAUCGCCAUCCCUUGCGUUACACAUGGGUACCUCUUUAAAGAUCCUUUGCGAUGUUGCCUUCAAAAUAGUUUUAGAAAACCGACAAGUUAAUCAUAUUACGUGGAGCAACCGGCAAGAGAAAAAAGCCGAGAUAAAAGAUCUUAAAAAAUUAAUAGAAUCCCAUUGGUGUAGUGAACUUUCAAGCUUAGCGUUAAAGUCUCUGCAAGAAAAACAGUGGCAAAAGCCAAUCAGACUACCUCUAACAAGCGACAUACAAUUAUUCCAGCAAUUUUUAACCACACGGGCAAGUGAAGCGUUUACAAAAUUAAAAGAAAUGAAGGACCACGUAUCCAGUUACAGAACUUUAACACAGUGUGUUUUGGCACAAACUGUUAUCUUCAAUCGUAAGCGCAUCGGGGAUGUGCAAUAUUUAAAGAUUGAUACAUACAACAGCAACUGUAACACUACAAACAAUGAAAGUUUUGUAGAAUCAUUAUCAGACGUUGAAAAAGUGAUUUACAAAAAAUUUAAAAGAGUGGUUACAGGCGGUAAAGGAUCUAAACCUGUGCCCGUCCUAUUUUCAAAACAAAUGCAAAAAUAUAUAGAGUUGUUGCUAACGAUAAGAAAAGAAACUAGUAUUGUUCCACAUACUAAUCCGUAUUUAUUCGCCAAUCCACAAUCAAAGGAUAGGUGGAUGUCGGGGGUUAAUGUUUUACGAAAUUUGGCAAAAGACUGUGGAGCGAAACAUCCAGAAUUAUUAACCUCUACGAAAUUUCGGAAGCAUAUUGCGACAACUCUUCAAUUGUUAAAUAUGGAUAGCGAUGAAGUAGAGCAAAUUGCAAAAUUUAUGGGCCACACCCAAAAAACUCACGCAGAGUUCUACAGGUUACCUCAGGAUAUAUAUCAAACGGCAAAGGUUGCAAAAAUUUUGCUACUUCUGGAAAAAGGCAGAGGAAAGGAGUUCAAGGGGAAGCGAUUGGAAGAUAUUAAUAUAAAUACCGAUGUGUACUAUAGUUCAGAAGCAGAAGACGACGGAACUGAUGAUCUGCCAUUAUCACAACGAGUUAUCAACAAAAUUUCUGUCGGAAUUGAUAUGCCUUUAAAUACCGAAGAGAAUUUACCCUUAGAUAUAACGGAAAAGAGAACAGCUAUCGAACAAGCUUCUAAUUUUGAUGAACAAGUUGCUGAUACCGAACCAAUCCUCUCCCACGCAUCAUGGAGUGAAGAAAACCUACCUUUAGAUGUCCAAACUGAAAUGAACUUACAAACGGAAGAACCGUCACAAGCUGGGAUUGUAGAGGACAACCAGUUGUCAGAAAGGCCUUCGAAGAAAUCGAAAGGAGUAUCGGAUCGUAAACGUUGGUCAGAAAUAGAGAAAAAGCUAGUUUUAAAACAUUUCUCUAAUCACAUAAAACGUAAAAUAACUCCAAAAAAAGGAGAAUGUACUGAAUUUCUUAAACAAAAUGCUAAUGUUCUUAUCGAUAAGGAUUGGGUUAGAGUAAAAACGUUCGUUUACAAUUCAUUUAGAAAAAAUUAAACAUAACACUCAUAUUAUACAUUUAUUGUUUACCUUUACAGUUUCUUUUUUUACAAAAACAGAAUUGUAUUUUUUAUUUUAUGCACAUAUUUCUAAAAAAUUAAACUUCUUCAUGCACUCUCCGCCGCUUUUCUUGUUUAAGCCUCAUUUCCCUAAAAGAAGCUCAAUAAUUAAACGUUAA